UUUUUUUUUUUUUUUUUAAUAAUAGGUGUUGCUAUGGACGCAGCCGCGCGGUGGCGCGGGGGUCGCUAGCAUUGGACUGGCGUCCAUUAUCACCACCAGGGUUGAUACAGGGCUUUUGUUGUGUUUGGCUUUUGAUGAGUGUUGCGAUUUUGGCGAGCUGAUUGUGAUUUUUUGGACUGUUUUCGUGAGGUGAAGAUCAUGUAAUAUGAUGGAUUUUUGUUGCGAAGAUGAAAUGGACCAGCAUGUUUCUUAUUUCCAUCUGUGUGUGUUUGCUCAGGGAUGAGUUAAAGCCGAGUAGGUUGCUGCUGCUCCAGGAGGUUAGGAUAUGGUCAGAGUUCUCAAGUUCAGGACAGCCAUGUCGACAGAGUGGGUCAGUGUGCAUAUCCAACCUGUUGAUGAAGGCAUUUAGCCUAUUGUGUCCUGAUCUUAGACGGUGUAAAGUGGUGUUGAUAAGUCUGUUCUGGUGGUGAAACCAGUCCACGAUGCCAAGGGAGAUGACCUCGUUGGGAGUGAGAAUAUUCCGGAUGGAAUUGAAGAGGGGAAUUUCGUCCAUGUUACUGGCCAGUUUGUCAGCCAUCUCGUUUCCAGUGAUCCCGAUAUGGCUUGGGAUCCAAGUGAGGAUGCUUUCCAUUAGAAGAUCGGCCUUUUCUUUUGGAUCGGUGACUGGGACGUUGGAGCUCGAUAUGAGGGUUUGGCCAGCGGCGGAGUCAUUGAAGCCUCUUCCGGUCAUCGAUUUGGUGAAGGACCAGAGCUCUUUUUGUCCCUUCUUCGGGUUGAGAUUGCAAUUUUUCUUUGGAGAAGGGGGAGGAUCUCCAUUCUGCGAGGGCUCUUCGUGCUUCUUUGACAUGCGCGUGGCACUCUUCGGACCACCAUGGUUUUAUUUUUUCUGGGGUGAUGCGGUGGGUGGGUUUGGUCAUUUUGAAGAAGCUGUGACUGGUUUCUAUCACGGAGUUGUAGAACAGGUCGUAGGCUUCUUGUGGGUUGUCAAGAUCUGCAAAUCCCUUGUUGUUGAGGUUGGCCGAUAUGGUAGCGUUCCAGUCAUGCCAGUGGUCGUCGUUUAUUAGCCAUUUCGGAGGGGGGAUGAUUGGGUCUUUUGGUGAAAGUCGGGUUGUGGUAAUGACGGGGAGGUGAUCGCUGCCCAGGUAUGGGCCUAAGGAGAUGGAAGCGUCACAGGCGAUGUCUGCGGUGGCGAACAUUAGGUCGAUUGUGGAAGUUCUGUUUGUUGAUGGGUGGAUGUAUGUACCUAAGGAGUGGGGAGUGAUGAGUGUGGCUUGCUGUGAUUCCAGGAGGGCGCUGUAGAUGGACUUGCCACUUUUGUUCGGAGGAGAGUGGUGGCUCCACUCUCCAUGGUGAGCAUUGAAAUCGCCGCCGAGGAGGAAGUGGUUGUCUCUUUCAAUUAGUCUGCUGAAGUCUUCUUUCGUGCAGUCGCCCUUUGGGCAGUAUGCUGAGAUGAUGUCGAUCGGGCCUAGGUCGUGGGUAUGGAUGGAGAUGCCGACUGCUUCAAUAGAAUCCGAGUUGGUGAUGUUGAGGCUGGUAAAGGGGAUGGACUUGUUGAUGAGGAUGGCUACACCUCCGCCGUGUCUGUCUGCUCUGUUCUUGUUGAUUACGUUGUAGGAUCUAAAUUUGACAGAGAAAUUGUUAUUC